CCGUAGUGAUGGCCAUUGGUGCCAUUGGUGCCCAAAAAUCAACAACACAUUCAUGGAGCCUCCUCCACCACCAAAUCAAAUCAUUUUUCAGCCAGGCGUCAUAAACACCAUCCAGGGGAAACGAUCUCUCUUUCUUCACGGCGCAUCGCAUCGUAUCGCACCACACAUCACGAUCCUCGCGCAUACCACGAAACUGCCACGACUCUCAUCCAUUGACUGUCCCUGCAUUUUCUGGAUAGGCCGUCUCGCAAAGGUACAACAACCACAGGCUCGCAACUAGAUUUGCGCCUCUUUGUCCAGGUAUGCAACCCCCUUUUCGCGGAUGUUCUCCAGUAUUGCACCACUGCUGGGAGAUGGCACCAAAUCCCUUUGCCUCAACAUAUCAUUCUGCCCUCGCCCGAGUGCCCCUGCGCCGAUGGCGGGGCAUCUCCUCAAGUUGUUGCGCAAGCUAACUAAACGUAUCCCAGGCCUACAAUCUCUCUCAACACUGGUCCCCGGGUCCAGUAUGGCGGACGCACCAGAAGAGGACUUCAGUUCUCUCCCGCUGCCCGAUAGAUUCCAGCAUAAGGUAGGCAAUACCCCUCCUGGGCAUGUCUGAGCUGGUCGCUGACCUUCUCCAUAGUUGUGGAAAGUCCGCAAAGAUGGUUAUGUAGACGCAGCGAAGCAAUUCGAGGUUACACCAGAUGAGCACGAUCCAACAUUUCGACCAUUUCUACAAGAUCCUGGAUUAUGGAAGGGAGCGGCUGCAGAUUCCAAUGUCGCGGCACAACAAGAAGGUAUUGCGGCAUUAUGUGCCUUCUUGAAAUUUGGAGGGCGUGAGGGCUGUACAAGGUACGACAGCCAACCAACUUCUGAGACCGGCAUUUAACAGCAUUUUCUAUAGAACCAGGAGUCAUACAAUAACCCCUCUAGUGGAGAAAGGCCUUUCCUCCACAAGAGCUGCCACCAAAGUGUCAUCCUUGGAAGCUCUUUUACUAUACAUUGAAUUAGAUACUGCCGGUCCGGUAAUCGAAGAACUGCUUCCCGCUCUUUCACACAAACAACCUAAAAUUAUUGCGGCAACACUAGCGGCGCUGACAGCCAUUAUUCAUAAUUACGGUUGUAAAACCGUCGACCCGAAACCAAUUCUCAAAGUACUUCCCAAGCCAUUCGGCCAUGCCGACAAAAAUGUACGAGCAGAAGCCACCAAUUUGGCCAUUGAACUUUAUCGAUGGUUAAGGGAAGCCAUGAAGCCCAUGUUCUGGGGUGACCUGAAGCCCACGCAACAAACGGAUAUGGAAGCCCAUUUUGAGAAGAUAAAGGCAGAGCCCAUGCCAAAGCAAGAACGAUUACUCCGCUCGCAGCAGGCCGCAAUAGAGCGAGCCCCAGCGCCAGGUGCAGAGGAAGAAGAAGAAGAUGACCUUGAGGGCGAAGGGGUGGAGGUGGACGUCUUUGAUUUGGCUGAACCCCAAGAUGUACUUGCAAAGGUGCCACCUGAUUUCCAUGAUAAUCUGGCCUCGUCCAAAUGGAAAGAGCGCAAAGAGGCACUGGAGGCUUUAUUUCAGGCCCUGAAUGUUCCAAGAAUCAAGGACGGUGACUUUAAUGAGAUAAUCAGAGGCUUAGCAAAAUCAAUGAAGGACGCCAACAUUGCUGUUGUUAUCCAAGCAGCACAGUGUAUAGAACUUCUUGCUAAGGGGCUGAGAAAAGGUUUUGCCAAACACCGGUCGGUUAUCAUGGGCCCGAUGAUGGAGAGACUUAAGGAGAAGAAGGCGACCGUUCAAGACGCUCUUGGGUCAGCCCUAGACCAGGUUUUUGCCGCUACUAGUCUUACGGAGUGUCUUGAAGAGAUGCUUGAAUUUCUCAAACACAAGAAUCCCCAGGUGAAGGAAGGCUCGAUGAAGUUCCUGAUUCGAUGCUUAAGAACAACUCGGGAAGCACCAAUCAAAACUGAGGUAGCUUCUAUUUGUGAAGCGGCAAAGAAACUCCUUGCUGAAUCAGGUGAAGUGCUAAGAUCAGGCGGAGCAGAAAUUCUCGGUACAGUGAUGAAAAUAAUGGGUGAGAGAGCUAUGGGUUCUUAUCUUGAGGGUUUGGAUGAGAUCAGAAAGACGAAAAUCAAGGAAUACUUUGAGACUGCAGAGGUCAAGGCAAAGGACAAGCCAAAGCCAAAGCCACCUCCACCUGCAGCUAAAGCCGCAGCAGCAGCAGCACCUAGAAAGGUGGUCAAAAAGGUUCCUGCUGGUACCAAGAAGCCUGCGCCAAAACCUGCCCCAGCAAGUGUCUACGCUCAAGAAGCACCUUUGGCCCCCCAACCAUCGGGUAGAACCUCGAAACUCGGUGGACUAAAGCCUCCGGGUGGACUCAAAGCUCCUUUGAAACGGGCUCUCCCAGGUCCUGGUGGUGCUGCUCCAUCUGCCUCGCCUGCCCGACGUCCUGUAGUUCGACCAGAAACACCUGAAGAAGAAGCGCCUCCACCUCCUCGCUUAGGCGUCGGUGGAAGAGGUCUUGCUGGUCGUUCUCUUGCUAAAGCACCCGCCGCAUCAGCUCCUCCGGCUUCUUCAAUGUCACCUCCGCCAAAUCCAGGUAUGUCUGCUGCUGAUAGAGCAGAACUAGAAGAGCUUCGUCUCGAUAAAGAUCGUCUUCUACGGCAAGCCGACGAUUAUCGCCAAGAACGCUCGAAGCUCAAUUCCGAGAUUGGCGAAUUGAAAAAUCAAAAUGCACAAUUGAUCGAAGACCACACUAGAGACGUUCUAUCCAUCAAGGCUAAAGAAACACAACUCGUACGGGCAAGAUCAGAUUGUGAAGCCGCAGAAGCAAUGUGUGGUCAACUUCGAAGAGAAAUGGAGAGACUCAAGCGGGCUCUUACGUCGGCGGAACGCGUCAAUAGUCCGCCUGCAAGUCUCUCUAGUCCUGGUCGUGAGUCAGCUAAUGAAGAUACUGGUAUCUACCGCGAUUCGGGCAUGUAUGGUGGAGGACAGGAUCGAUCAGGAUACGGAAAUUCAAGAAUGGGUAGAGCAUCAUACACAUCUACCCUCAGCGAGGAAAAAGAAAAUACUGGCGAUGGUUUGACGGCUCAAUAUGGUCGUGCUAAGCUAAGUCCGGAACAGGGGAACGGUCGAAAUAGCGCUGCUAGUGGCAGUGGGGGAAGGAAUAGCCCUGCGCCGUCGUACGGUUCUCGAAAUCCUCGAGAUACAAUGAAUGACAACGGAAGGGAUGGUGGCAGUGCGGGUAAUGGACAGGAAAGCUGGAAGAGAGCUGCAGAAGUUACAAGCGCUCUGAAGUUGAAGAUCGAACAGAUGAAGGCAAGUUGUUCCAAACAUUCAACCAAUACCAAAAAC